AUGGCUUCAUUCCUCAGUGACGCGAAAGCAAGACUUCAACAUAAUAAUAUGCUCUCUCUAGCCCCGAGAGAUAUAAAGAACCUUGCAGAAAUCAUUUCAACCGAAAAGAGUCUAAUCAAUUCAUCCUCUAAACUUUCGAUAGAUUAUCGAAAAUCAGCUGAUGCACUAAAAGAGUGGGGUUUAGGUGAAGGCGAUGACUUAGCAGACGUCUUAUCAAAAUUAGCCAUCUUAUUUGGACAUCUUUCUGAUGCUCAAUCACGUUUUUCUGAUCAUGAUGGAACUUAUCGAAUUCAUUUUAAAAGUAUAAGGAUGAGAGAAGAAAACUUAACAGCUUUAAAGAAAAAUAAAGAUACAGUUCAAGGUAAGAUUAUGACCUUGGAAAAGAAAAUUACUAAAAUGAGUACGGAGAAUAAAGAUUUACCUGGUCUUACUACCAAAUUACAAGAGUUCAGAAGCGAGUAUGUCAGUUUAGAGCAUUCAGUCUCAAGUGAAGAAGCUAGACUAUCUGAUUUCAAACGAGACACCGUACGAGAGGGCAUGGGAUUACGAUUAGGAGCCAUGCUCGAAUUGGCUGAAAAGAUGACCAUCAUCUGCGAAUUGGGGAAGAUGAUAGUAGCAGAAGUGCCCUUUGAUCGUACACCAAUCGGAGGCGUUAGAGCACCUUAUCAAUCGACCAUGAAGACUUCUUCAAUCUUGGAAGAAGCACAGCGGUGUUUAACGGAAGUGAUCUUUAAUCCUUCACCAGCUGGUGUACUCAAUGAGGUCGACCCUAAUGAACCUCCUCAUGCAAUCAGUCCAGACUACACUCAAACAAAUCAAUUAUUUAGCCCACCUCCAUCUCAUCUUCAUCCUCACCCCCCCAGUCAAGCUCCACCCCCUAGCUCAGGGAAUCCAGGUCUAGACCAAAAAUAUUCAAAUGAAAAUAACCACAAUAAUCACUUACCAGCCUACGCUCGUGAUUCACAAGCUCCAGACAGUGCUUAUGCCGGAAUUGAUCCGAUUCCUUCCAAUUCAUCACCACACAAGAAUGAAAGCCGCCGGGCGUACUCUCCACCGCCUAGACUCGAAUUGAAUCCGAUGAUACGCGAUCCACAAGACUCCUCAUCGUCUCCUCACCUUGAUCCUGAUCCGAUCGCAGCAGCUGCCGCUCGUCUUCGACAAGAUUAUGAUGAGUCUGCAUUCUAUGUACGUGGUGCAGAUGGACAACCAGUGUCAACCGGGCCAGGAAACACUCCCAAGGAACAACCUUGGCCUCAUGAACAAGAUCAUGCGGGCUCGAACGAAUCUGGGUCUCAUACUGCACCAACUCAAGCUACACAUGGUCAUGAUCCAUCACAUUUACCUGUUCAUCGCGCCUCAAACUUGUCUACGAAUGGAAGUGGAUACUCACAAGACAAUCGGACGACUAAUGCUGGUGCCUUCCGUCGUGUACCACCACCUAGUAAUUCAAUUCCUGUAAGUGGUCCUAAAGACUCGCAAUCAAUGAAUGAGCCCUCUUAUGAGACCGAAGAAGGUGGAUCAAAAUCUGGUCUCGUACAACCUUUAAAUGUACAGAAAAGGACAAGUAAAAAUGAGGUUGGAAGUGUUGAUCGGUCUCCUACUUACAGUAGUACAAUCAGUGGAUCUGGGUAUCCCAGUGCCUCACCUUCUGGUCCUCCAGGAAGUGGUACUGCAGGAUUUGGACAAAACCGAUAUGUGACAAACUUGGAAUGAGCCUAUAAUUUUUCUCAUCUCUGUUUCCCUUCAUCUUCGAAUCUGUCUUUUAUCUUUAUCUUUUCGGGUUUUUCUCAAUUUUUGGCAUUUGAUAAAUUUUCACCGAUUUGAAUUUCGACGAAGAUUAUAAGCAUGCGUGAAUAUGAUUUGAAUGAUGAAUAAUGAUUUAAAUAAAUACAUAUCAUAACGGACAGUGUUUUCUUCAUUGAUUGGAUGAGUCUUUUGUUAAUACGUCGUCAAAAUUAAACAUGUAUUCUUCAUUUCUUUGUAGAGGUAUUUGGUGUCUAUAUUAACAGUUUGAUAAGAUAGGUGAAUUUUUGAUUUAUUCAUUC